GUAACUAGUCCCUACGUGUAAUUAACAUUCAAUCAAUAUGGCGGAUAAAGAAGCGUUAGAGAAGGACACCUUUCUAAAGUCAAUUUUAAACAGAGGUCCAAACAAGAGGCAGAUAAAACCAGCUGGUAACAAUUCUCUCCUUCAAUUGGCUCUUGGAGAGGACAGUGAAGACAGUGAAGAGGAUGCAGAUUUUGAGCUUAAUGAUGAUGAAGAUGAUGAUGAAGGAGGUUCUGGUUCAGAUGAAGAGACUGGUAUAACAGAGCAGCAAGAUAAAGGUCAAGUCACCAAAAAAGUACAAGAAGUAAGCGAAGAUGAUGAUGAUGAUGAAAAUGACAUUGACGACGACAACGACGAUGAUGAUGAUGAAGAUGGAAGUGAAUCCUUGACAGCUGUCAGUGCUCUUACUGUAGGUGACUUGAUAGAAGUUAUGAAAACCAAGGCUAAAGCUGUCACCAGUCAACCAAGCUCAGUGGCCUCCAGUGAAGUUUCAGCUUCAUCCAAGAAGGUGGACAUAUUAAUUUGUGGAAUCUGCCUGGAUGACAUUAGUGAUGAAGGGGAUGAAAUAGUGGAAUGUGAUAACUGUGGAAUCACUGUUCAUGA